AUGCCCAGAAAGAUGCGAAAAAGAGGACGGCCCAGCGGAUGUGAAGAGUCUAGCCCCAAUAUAAGCCUGGAGUCCAUUGAAUCAAUCACAGAUGUGGAUCAAAGCACAAGCAGUAUUCCGGACCCUUCAACAAAGCCCGAUACCAAUUAUUCAGAAUUGAAACCGCAUACGGGCAUCAAGCAGAUAUUUGAGCAGUUCCGAAACACAUCCGAAAGACAAGCCAAGAAACGGAGAAAUGUAAAUAUCCAUGCCAAGGAUUCGUCACUCUGGUGCGAAAAGUACUUUCCAAAGUGUGAAUCGGAUAUAUGUGUCAAUAAGCAAAAACUCAAUCAAGUGAAAGAAGCGAUUGGAGAUCUAAUCAUGAACGAGGGUCAAGGCCCGCGGAUUCUCAUACUAACGGGUCCUGCCGGAAGUGGCAAGUCAACCGUUGCCAAGAUAAUCGCCAACGAUGCCGUAUCAAAUAAACAGGCCACGCUGGAAUCAGAAGAAAGCAAUAUACGAUUAUUUGACGAGUUGAUUGAAACCGAUGAGACUGCUGAGGAGCAGUUUCCUAAUAUCAUUGAAUACUCGAACAGGACAACAAGCACAUCUGCAGUUGCCUCACCCGUACGUCAAUUCUCCGAUUUUUUAGACGAGUGCAAGCUCUUGACUAUGGGCAGGGAGAAAUGCAUAAUUGUGGAUGAGUUACCCAACUUGUACCACCAGGAAACUCUACAGAACUUUAGAGAUGCCAUAUUGCGCUGGAUACAGUUAAACUCCAGCAUCCGAUUGCCACCUCUCAUCAUCUGUCUGACAGAGUUCGAUAUAGAUGACUUUCACUACAAGGGUGUGUUUUCAAUAGAGGCAACUUUCAAGAUCGAGACCGUAUUCGAUCAGCAGUUGAUGAAGUAUGAGGGCAGGUCGUGGAGACGAAUCAAAUUCAACCCGGUUGCGCGUAAAUUCCUAACGAAAGCUUUGAAGAUUGUUGUUGAUGGAGAAAAAACGCUGACGGCAAAGAUUCCAAAGAAAGUGAUGUCUGAAGAAUUAAAAGAGCUCAGUGGAGGAGGCGACAUUAGAAAUGCGAUCAUCACUUUGGAGUACUGGUGCCGAUUUGUAUUUCCUGUAACACAUUCACGGUCAAGUGUCAGCACUCUUGGAGGUGUCAGUGGGUUAAACAUCUUUCACUCGAUUGGAAAGCUUGUGUACGGUACUCAGCACAAAGAAGAGGAGUAUCUGGCAUAUAUGAAGUCGUUGAACGUAUCCAAGGCGUAUGAUCCAAAGCAGGAGUUUACAGUGAUGCCGACAAUUGACGAUAUCAACUCUAUUAGUGUCGAGAACAUUUGCAGGGAUCUAUAUUCGACUUCCGAGAAGAUCAACCUCAAUGUUCUUGAAAAUUAUCUCGUAUUAAACCCAAAGCUUGAUUCUAAUGUGUCCUCCUUACUUAACGUGUUGUCUGAGGCUGACGUGAUGUCUUCAUACAAUCGUGACCGCAAGUGUCUGUCAAUGAUGACAUACUACGGCUGUUUUGGCACGAGGAUAAUGUGUUCGAAGAUCAAAAGCAGCACUUUGGGGCAUGGAUCGGUCAGGCGGCUAAAAUACUCAAGAGACCCGAAAGUAAGAAGAAAAAGAAGGAAGAUCCAGCAGGAAAUUACCAAUUUCUGCCUGAGAAGAUGUCUUAGGCUUGUUGAUCAAGGAUAUUACUCGCAUCUUUCAGGGCUAAAUGCUAUGCUUAUAGACGGGUUUUACCAGCAGCAGAUCCUAAACUCUGCAAAACUUCAAGGAAAGCUAAUUAAUGGUGGUUACGGAAGCCAUGCUCCAAGACUGGGCGGAGGAUUUUCGAAUAUUGUUCUUGCCGAGACGAAUUUUGAGGCGGAAGCAACAGACGAGGAUGCCAAAAGCAUGAUUAAUGAUAAAGAAGUGUUGGAAAAACUGGAGAAUGAAUAUUUCGGUGGAGGUCUUUUAUCUGAUCGUCGGGAAGGCAUUGCAGAGCAAGAAAUGGAGCUGGCUGAUACGGCUGAGUUUGAUGAUGAUCCGAUUGUUGAUUCACAGGAAGAACAGAAAGAUGCUGAUAACGAUUCCGGGGACUGGGAUGAUUCUUUCAGUGAUGACUCAUUAGUACUGAAAUUGUGA